AUGGCCUCCAAACACGCCAGCAGAGCUCUGCGCUCCUCCUUGAGGCAACUGAAGGCCCCCCAGGUCCAGCAGCGCACCUUCGUUUCCGCGCUCAACGCAAGCAGACCCAGCCUCCAACCCGCCGUCAAGGCCGCUUCUGCUGCUUUCGUUCAGCAGCGAGGUGUCAAGACUGUCGACUUUGCCGGCGACAAGGAGUUGGUAUACGGUAUGGCUCGCAGAUCGGAACGCGCGAGGUCCAAUGGCUGACAGAACAACACAGAGCGCGAUGACUGGCCUCGUGACAAGCUCCUCGUAUGUCGCUCGCUGCCAUCACGCAACGACCCAUCGCGAGACUCAAGACGUCUUGUGUUGUUCUUCACCUGCUAAUAUUGCGCAGGAUUACUUCAAGAACGACACGCUCGCCUUGAUCGGCUACGGAUCGCAAGGACACGGCCAGGGCCUGAACCUCCGCGACAACGGUCUCAAUGUCAUUGUUGGUGUGCGAAAGAACGGUGCCAGCUGGAAAGAGGCUGUACAAGAUGGCUGGGUCCCCGGCAAGAACCUCUUCGACGUCGAUGAGGCCAUCCAAAAGGGAACAAUUGUCAUGAACCUGCUCAGUGACGCUGCACAGAGUGAGACAUGGCCACACAUCAAGCCAAUGCUUACCAAGGGCAAGGUAUGAGUCAGAAUCUAUGAAUUGAUGAAAGUACUCGACUGACUCUCCCUGGUUAAGACCCUCUACUUCUCGCACGGCUUCUCUCCCAUCUUCAAGGAGCAGACCAAGGUCGAUGUGCCGAAGGACAUUGACGUGAUCCUCGUUGCACCCAAGGGCUCCGGCCGUACCGUCCGCACUCUCUUCCGUGAGGGCCGUGGUAUCAACAGCAGUGUGGCCAUCUUCCAGGACGUGACCGGCAAGGCAGAAGAGAAGGCUUUCGCUCUUGGCGUUGCUAUCGGCUCUGGAUACAUGUACAAGACGACCUUCGAGAAGGAGGUCUACAGUGACCUGUACGGCGAGCGUGGUUGCUUGAUGGGCGGUAUCCACGGCAUGUUCCUCGCUCAGUACGAGGUUCUGCGCGAGAAGGGCCACUCGCCUUCUGAGGCAUUCAACGAGACCGUUGAGGAGGCCACUCAGUCGCUGUACCCACUGAUCGGGCAGAACGGCAUGGACUACAUGUACGCUGCCUGCUCCACCACCGCCCGUCGCGGUGCCAUUGACUGGAGCAAGCGCUUCAAGGACAACCUCAAGCCACUCUUCGAGGAGCUGUACGAGAGCGUGCGAUCCGGCAAGGAGACUCAGCGCACCAUGGAAUACGCCGGCCGCCCAGACUACCGCGAGGCAUUUGAGAAGGAGAUGGAAGAGAUCCGCAACCUCGAGAUCUGGAGAGCCGGCAAGGCUGUGCGCAGCCUGCGCCCCGAGAACGCGUAA